AUGCUCAAUGUCAUGGACAGGAAUGAGGUUUCUCCGGCGUCUGCUGCUGCUGCCACCACCACCACCACCACCAUGAAGAAGCAGCAGGCGGUGGAUGGAGGCAGUGGAUGCGGCUACAACAUCAGCGCACCACCGAAGGCUGCAGCAGCGAAGAACUGCACGAGAAGAAGAAGCAGCAGCAGCAGCCAGAAGAACUGUGUGCAGGACUCCGGUUCUCCGGUAAGUGGUAAGCAGCCCGGUGCUGCGGCCAGCAACGACGUCGAGAUGAUGGACGAGACGGAGGAUGGAGAAGAUGAGUCCAGGUUCCAGCAUCCGCGGUUGCGCCGAGCUGGUGGGAGCGGUGGAGGAGGAGGAGGAGGAGGAGGAGGCGGAGGCAGUAUCAGGAUGAAGAACUUUACGCCAGGAGGGGGAGCCUCGUCCUCGGGUUCCAGCAGGAGGAACUCAAACAAGGAGCCAACCUGCCAUAUGCACGCAGAGGACGCUCCUGCAGCUCCACGGCCCACCACCACCACCGCUGCUGCCGCCUCCUCCAUCUCCAUCAGAGCCACCGACACCCAGAAGACACCCAGACCGGGCGAUGCUGCCCAGCGCGGCGGCGGCGACACCAGCAUCAGCACCAGCAGAGCAUCUGGAUCUGGGGCGUCAUCGGUAGUAGAGCUUUCAAACGCGACAGCUGCGGGUGAUGGUGAUGGUUGCAAAAGCGCAAAAGCUCCAGUUUCCAGCAUGAAAUGCAACAAAAACGGAGAAUGCAGGAGGGACUCCGGUACCGGGAGCCUGCGCUCGAUCAUCUCCAACCGGGAGAGGCAGACAGGAGGGUCCGGGAGGGCCGAGGAUGGAGGAGGAGGAGGAGGAGGAGGAGGGAGCGCCAUGAAGAGAGGAGCCUGUAACUCCACCACAGCCAGCAUGGACGGCUCCAUCACCCCAGGUGGGUCUCUGACCGGAGGAGGAGGAGAGACCGGUGGUAUCCCGGAGAAAAAGGACUCCAAGGUGUCCUUCUCUAACGCGCCGAGCCGGAAAGCCUCGUCCUCGCUGCUGCACGGCCCGACUCAGACCCAGAGCCAGCCGAGGAACUCUGUCACUUUCCUGAAGCCGGAGGAGGAUGGACCGCCGAUUGUGCCCGCCGCCGAGGAUGGAGAGCCUGGCGACAGCCAAGCCAGCUUCAUGCAGCGGCAGUUCAGCAGCAUGCUGCAGCCUGGAGUUAACAAAUUCUCCUUACGCAUGUAUGGAAGUCAAAAAGCAGUGGAGAGAGAGCAGGAGAGGGUCAAAUCAGCUGGAAAUUGGAUUAUCCACCCUUACAGCGAUUUCAGGUUCUACUGGGAUUUCACAAUGCUGCUGUUUAUGGUGGGCAACCUGAUCAUCAUCCCCGUGGGCAUCACCUUCUUCAAGGAGGAGACCACGACGCCCUGGAUCAUCUUCAACGUGGUCUCCGACACCUUCUUCCUCAUGGACCUGGUGCUCAACUUUCGCACUGGAAUCAUCAUCGAGGACAACUCGGACAUCAUUUUGGACCCUAAAACCAUUAAGAAGAAGUACUUAAAAACGUGGUUCAUUGUGGACUUUGUCUCCUCCAUCCCAGUGGAUUACAUAUUCCUCAUAGUGGAGAAAGGGAUAGACUCGGAGGUGUACAAGACUGCUCGGGCCCUGAGGAUCGUCCGCUUUACCAAGAUCCUAAGUCUUCUGAGGCUGUUGAGGCUCUCCAGAUUAAUACGCUACAUUCACCAGUGGGAAGAGAUCUUCCAUAUGACCUAUGACCUGGCCAGUGCGGUGAUGCGGAUCUUUAACCUGAUUGGUAUGAUGCUGCUGCUGUGUCACUGGGACGGCUGCCUACAGUUCCUGGUUCCCAUGCUGCAGGACUUCCCCUCAGACUGCUGGGUGUCCCUCAACAAGAUGGAGAAUGAUACCUGGUCAGAGCUGUACUCCUUCGCCGUAUUCAAGGCGAUGAGCCACAUGCUGUGCAUUGGUUAUGGCCGACAGGCCCCAGAGAGUCUAUCAGACAUCUGGCUCACCAUGCUGAGUAUGAUUGUAGGAGCUACUUGCUAUGCUGUCUUUAUUGGCCAUGCAACAGCUCUCAUCCAGUCCCUGGACUCCUCCAGACGGCAGUAUCAGGAAAAGUACAAACAAGUGGAGCAGUAUAUGUCCUUCCAUAAGCUGCCAUCCGACUUCCGACAGAAGAUCCACGACUACUACGAGCACAGAUACCAGGGCAAGAUGUUUGACGAGGAGAGCAUUCUGGGAGAACUCAGCGAGCCCCUCAGAGAGGAAAUUGUAAAUUUCAACUGUCGCAAGCUGGUGGCAUCCAUGCCGCUGUUUGCCAACGCAGAGCCGUACUUCGUGACGGCCAUGUUGACCAAGCUGCGUUUUGAGGUGUUCCAGCCGCAUGACUACAUCAUAAGGGAAGGCACCAUUGGGAAGAAAAUGUACUUCAUUCAGCACGGAGUCUGCAGCGUCAUCACUAAAGGCACUCUGGCAAUGAAGCUCUCUGACGGCUCUUAUUUUGGAGAGAUCUGUUUAUUAACGAGGGGUCGGCGAACAGCCAGCGUGCGAGCGGAGACGUACUGUCGACUCUACUCUCUGUCUGUUGACAACUUCAAUGAGGUGCUGGAAGAAUAUCCCAUGAUGAGACGCGCCUUCGAGACUGUUGCCAUUGACCGUCUAGACCGCAUAGGUAAAAAGAACUCCAUCCUGCUGCACAAGGUCCAGCAUGAUCUCAACUCUGGCGUCUUCAACAACCAGGAGAACGAGAUGAUCCAGGAGAUUGUCAAGUACGACCGUGAGAUGGUGAAGCUGGUGGACCUGCAGCGGCCGCGGGCCAUGUCGAUGACCCCUUCCAUCGGCGGUAUCUUUGCCCCCCCUGGCCAGGCGCAGUCAGGCUCUGCUAUCGCCACUCUCCAGCAGGCUGUGGCUAUGAGCUUUUGUCCUCAAAUGGCGAGUCCCCUGGUGGGUCCAGGGACUCUGCAGUCUCCUCGCAUGGUGCGAAGGUUCCAGGUGAUGCAGAACCUGGCCAGCCCGGUCUCCAUGUCUCCUCUUCAGUCUCAACCCCCUCAGACGCUCGGAGGGGCGUUCGGAUCUGCAAUCUCAAGCCCGCCCGUCCAAAGCCCACUCGCAGCUUCAGGACGGACUUUCCAGUACAUGGCGAGCGCAGGACCCUCUGGUUCCCAGUUGUCCCUAGUACAGCAUCAUGCACCCAGCCCCACACAGACCCAGCAGAGGCCUGCCUCACACAAGAGCACCCACUCCCUUCAUACAGGUAGCUUGAGCCAUGACACCCGGGUCAUGUCUGCCUCCCAGCUUUCGCUCCCCCAGGAGGGAACACAACAAGCUGCCUCUGCAGUCCCCAGCCCCCCACAAUCCACCCGCACCUCCAACAACUCCAUCGGUCCCCCUCAGCCCUCUCACCCCAACCUGCCAGGGCCCUCAGGGGUGGUGAGAUCGUCAGGAGCUCAACAAAGGGUGGCCUUUGCCUCCACACCCCCUCCCGGUGGACCUGCUGGAAUGGGGGCAGUAGUAGCAGCAGCUGCUGGAUCAGGACCUCCAGACUCUGGAGUUCCCAAGAAAGAUUCAAUUGUCAGCCUUCCAGAGCUAGACUCUGCCAGAUCCCGGCUGUCUUCCAACUUGUGACCCUGGUAGAGUUCAGGAACGAGGCCUUUUUUGUAGGAGUUUGUUUUAGGUCAGUCCAGCUGAUCUGUCAGCCUGCUAAAUGACCAAUCAGCUACCGCCAGCGCCACCAGUCAUUCGACCAGGAUGCACUGUGCGCUGAUGUCAGCGGAAGGAAAAAGAGCAACUCAAAGUCUUGAGAAACUUUGGCUAGGAGGAGUCUAUACAAUUAAACUAGUAUAACUUAAGGUUGAACUGGUCUAGUCUACUGCGCCAGCACCUUUAGUCUUAGUAUCACCCCUUACACUCUGCUUCCAAACACCUACUGUAUAUCGCUGUCUUUACUGUAAAGAUAUGAAGAAACGUAUGAUUCAUGUAACUAUUGCAUACUGUGUAGAAUCCAUGCAAUGCAAUCUAGCAGGAGCUGGACUUAAAAAUGAAAAUCAGGGACUUGAGGUCAAAUGACAAUGACAUUUUAAGCGUUCAAAAAGUGUUUUGAGUGUAAUUUUUUCCGUAUAAGCUGUCGUAGCAAAAGAACACAUUGCUCUUCAUAUUGUUUAAAAAUAGUAGUGAAAAUAGUGUUUUAGACCGCUGGUCGAUCUUACAUCGAUGUGUACAUAGUUGGUGAAAAAAGUACGGAGGGAUAUUAUAUUCAUUGUAUCUACCCAAACCAAAGUUGAGCUCGAACACAAAGUCUGGUUGUGUCUGUAUCAACUAAAAAAGAAACAUAGAAGAAAAUGCCAUUUAUUUAACUGCCUUGAUUCAACGUUAGAAGCCAUAUAUUUGGUUUGUGUGUAUGUAUAUAUGUGGGUGUAAGUUUGUGCGCGUGAGUUUGUCGGUACGUUUCGGUUCUAUUUUCAGAGAAUGGACUCACACACGCUCUACACUUGCUUUGUCAAGCGCGGUUGGUUCGACAUGCUGACGGCGGCACUGACCUGUUUUCACGAAAACAUCUGGGGAGGCGGUCAGCAGCUUUGGUCGGCGCACUGAUUGUAACCCUGAAGGCAAAGGUGGUUAAAAAAUCUGAGCUUUAUCGACAAGGAAACAUUUGUGAACAACCCAUACUGUAUACUUGCUUGUUUUUGUCUAGGUUUAUUGAUUAACACAUGCAAUAUAAUUCUGCAAUACUCUACCCCGCCUAUAUAUAAAAAUAUAUAUGAAUAUAAAUAUCUAUACAUAUGCUGUACAGGAAAGUUUUCCUUUCGUUUUCUUUUUAAUGUGAAAUCUUAAAGAAUCCAGCAGCUAUUGUGGCUUCACUUGAAGUAUUGUAAUCCAGUGACCAUGUUGUUACCUUAACCAAAAAUGUCGGGUGGGAAUGAGAGUGUCAUUUUUACGUACAAACAGACGGGACAAACUGGUUUAGAGUCACAGGAUGAAUCCACGCUUUCAGUUCAGCAAGUCAGAUCCUCCAAAACGUCACUUUAAAGCCCAUUUGAAGAUAUUAAAUUGUAAGAUGAACGGGCAAUAUGGGGCACAAAUGCCUCACUUGUAAAAACUCUUUGCUCUAUAUGGAAGUCUCUACGUGCCCCCAAAACUCCCACGAAUGUCUCGACAUUUCGACAACAAACCUAUUGUUCAAAUUUGGGGAUCGGGGUUGAGGCUUUGUUUUAAAUAUCCUGAUCCUGUUGAAGCUAAAAGCCUUCUCUUGCUGAAUGUAUGCCAUACGAGAAGGAAGACAGCUAAUCAGAUAUAAACUGCCAUGUAAAUAUCAAGGGACGGAGGUUUAAAGAGGCUUUUAUGAUGCAAGGGGGUUGUGGGCAUUGCCGUAUGUGUUGCUGAGUGUCUGUCUGUGUGAUCUUUUUAGGUUUGAUGAUGCUUCUCUGGGUAGGACGUUGCUGUAUUUAACCUGUAUGUUACCCCCCCCCCCCCCCCUCCUCCCGCACCCUAUCCCCAGAUCUAUCACAAGAGGAUCCGUCUUUUAAGUUCAUUUAUUGAGGCCGGCGUGAACAAGAGCGAGUCGUGACCACUUUGAACUCCUCGGUCCAAAGCAAGCACUGAGGACAUUCAGUUUAAGCACCUUGUGUGAUGCACUUCGACCUUGUAAUCAAAAUGAAAAUCGAUGCUCUAUUCUCUUAAAAAAACGGGUGCGGUACUUCUCCCCGACCCAUUAUCUGGUUAAACUGUAAAGGACGACAAGUGAAUCCAAUUGGGAAAGAAAACAGGCAGCUGAUUCAAUGCGUUAAACAAACAUCCGCGUCCUAACUUUUUCAGCUCCGAGCAUCGAUCAGGAGCCAAACUGUAAAGUCGAUGCGAUGGACAUUUCACUCAGGUUUGCUACCUUUUCAGAGAGAUGUAUUGAUCGCCACAGCUAGGCUGUCCAUUGAUUUAUGUAGACUUCUCCAUCCUCCCAUAAUCAACGUGUUGAUUUAACCGCGCUGAAAGAUUCCCCUUGAAUUUUGAUUGGCCCAGAAAAAGCGAGGAUCUAUCGAGUGGAGUCGUAACCCUCAGAUUGUUAUUAACAAAACUCGCUGCCGUUUUGUUUUGAUCACUUGAGAGCUGUUUAAAUCUUGAAACAAGGUGUAAGUGAUUGUUUUCAUCCAAGGGCUUCAUUAUAUAAACCCCUGGCUCAUUGUCACUGUAAUGUAGAACAGCCACAUUUCCCAUUUCCGUUUGAUCAUGCUCUAAACCUCGUUCAUUGUCAUACCUGGGUCGCAGUGCUGCAACACGGAAACUUUGUAUUGCUUUUUUUUCCUAUGGGAAAGGUACAUGCCAAAAUGCCAACACGAUUGUGAAUGAAUCCGUCCAUUUGAGUCAAUAGCUGUUGUGUGCUUCAAUACUGUUCCAGUGCAAUCAAUUAAUCCUCUUCCCUAUAUUCCUUUGUGCUAAUACCAGAGUUUGCCCUAUUAAGCUGCUAUCAGGACUGUGCUGAUAUUAUUUGAAUGAGUCCACAGUCAGUAAAAGCAAGAUGGAGGGAGAGUUAAAGAGCUAAUGUUUCAGGCAAUAUCAGGCACCGUCUCUGCUUCAUUGCAUCCAUCCAGUAGGAUGCUGUAGUGUGUAAUCCACUCCCACUCAAAGGAUGGCGUACCAGACACUUUGAUCACUCUGUUUCAACCCUCAGCCAUGACGCCGAUACAGCCCCGGCCAAGCACAUACUUCCGUCAGCUGUCUGUCUUGUGUCACAAGUGUGUUCAUUCAGUCGGCUUCCGGCCACCGCCGCCGUCGGGUCGUGUGUGUGUGAGAUAUGGCGCUGUAUUUGCCUGAUGACGGGGGGUUCAAAGUGCGAUUGUUUAACGGUUCCUCUCCUGGACCUUGCUGUGAAGUGGGACUGAAAUCCCUCAUACAUGUUUGACACUGACUGACAAGUAUUGAGAGUAUCUAAGUUUCAAACCUCUCAUUCUCGCUGUACCAGAUAUUAAGGGUACUGAAUGCCUUGGUGUUGAUAUGUUAGCAAAUCAGGGUAUUCUUUUUUUGUUUGUAAAAGUGUCUUUUGAUUUAUGUUUUGUUUGGUUAUUGUUUUUUUUGCAAUGUGCCCCAUGCACACGGACUGUAUAUACCUUGUGCCUAGUAUAUCUAGUUUCCACAUAGUCUAUUUUUGUGGUAUGUAUGUGCCUGUAAAAAUGCAAAUAUGUGUUUUUAUUUUCAACUUGCAAUAUAUGUAAAAAAAAAAAAAAAAAAAAAAAAAAAAAAAACAUUAGAUGACUAGUAUUGCUGAAUUAAAAUGACAAUGUCAGUAUAUAUAAUUUUCCCUGAUUUGGGGAAACACAAAAUUGCACAUUUUUGUUGGUUUGAGCCUUCCAACACCAUGCGCGCUGUACUCUGUACUUUCAUGUUCUGUACAUAUGGUAUACACAGAGAUGUGGGGCACAUUGUUUGUGUUUUACCACGACCUCCUGUAUAAGAAACAUUUUCUACAGUGAGAGGGUGAGCUCUGACAGGCUUCUGGUGGAUAUCGGCAGUCUAGACGUUAGCUUAGAUGACCUGCUCGCUGCGCAGAGCCAAAAAAAGAAAAUAAAACUGUGGAGAUGCCUGCACAAUAGAAACACAGGAACAAAACUAAGACAUGCUGGAAACCUUCUCAAACCAUAUUGUUGCACAGGUCUUUAAACUCUGAUACUGGUUGCACACUGAUCUGGUUUGCCAUUACAAAAAAAAAAAAGAAAAAAGAUCUCUCCAAGGCUGAUUUUGGCUCACGAGCCACAGCAGUCACAACUCCCUGGUCGAGUUACUUGACAGAUAACAGCAGAGUGCAUGCUUGUAUUUUUCUUAUCUAAGCAGAGUUCUGUGUGCGAUUCUUAGUGGGACCUUCAAACGUAGACAUUAUUGUGUACCAACUACUGUACAAUGAUUUUAUUUAGUCUAACAGUUAAACCUUUGUGUCGUAGCUACUGUAGCCUGCUUAGCUUACCUAAGCCUUCUCUCUGCUUCAGGACUCUGUGUAAUUGUGUGCUUGAGUUUGUGUGUGCGUGUGUGUGUUCCUGUGCCUUUCCUUCUAUAAUGUUGGUCCCACUUGAGAAUAUGAUGCCAUUUUAGGGGUUUGAAACCCACCAUGUGAGGCUGAGAGAGACGCCAGCACAAGCUGGAAAGUGUUACACGGUCACGACUCCACUUGUUCUAAAAAACACUGUAAUGCUCCUAGAAAAGGCACAUCCCUAGACUUAGUAGCAUUCCACAGCCUGCACGAGCAGCUCGGUGUGGGCAUCCAGACACACUCUACCAGCACCAUGUAGACAACAGCACAGAUAUCUGACACAGCACGUGUCCUCUCUCUCUCUCUUUCUCUCUCUCUGGAGGUCAAUCUGCAACCAUCUCAGGCUGUGCUCUGCUUCUGCUCUUAACGAAUAAGUAUUUCAGAACUCCAGCUCUGUCUAAGUUGAUGUCUACAAUCCGGGGACAAAUCAGCUCCCCGGGCCGAGCCGCAGCGCUUCCAAAACGAUCUCAAAGGAUCAAGGGGGGUUUAACUUGGGAUGCUGGCGAUAUUUGUCGCCGUCCAGUCCUUUCAGACUGAGAUGCACAGCUGGCGGCUGACGGGGGGGCUGAUUUGAGCCUGCGUCCAAAAAGGCUGUCUUGUCCACCACCUCUGCUGGCCCGAGAACACAGAGCCACACCCUGGUCUCUCUCAAUAAGCUGGUCUGUCAGUCAGUGGCAAUGUCGUUUAAGCGUUCGUAAAAAGACGAUACAUUGUUGUGCAAUAAAAAGAUGAGCGCAUUGGCAUACUUAA